GCCUUUCGUUUCCCUCCAGCUGCGGGAGUACAAGGUGGUUGGGCGAUGCCUGCCCACGCCGAAAUGCACGACCCCUCCUCUCUAUCGCAUGCGGAUCUUUGCUCCGAACCAUGUUGUUGCCAAGUCCCGGUUCUGGUACUUCGUUUCUCAGUUAAAGAAGAUGAAGAAGUCUUCUGGAGAGAUUGUGUACUGCGGUCAGGUGUAUGAGAAGUCCCCUCUGCGAGUAAAAAAUUUUGGUAUUUGGUUGCGCUAUGAUUCUCGUAGCGGGACUCACAACAUGUACAGGGAGUACAGGGACUUGACCACGGCUGGUGCAGUCACUCAGUGCUACCGUGAUAUGGGAGCCCGUCAUCGUGCCCGUGCUCACUCUAUUCAGAUCAUGAAAGUUGAGGAAAUUGCUGCUAGCAAGUGCCGCAGACCAGCAGUCAAGCAGUUCCAUGACUCUAAAAUCAAGUUCCCUCUGCCACACAGAGUUCUGCGUCGCCAGCACAAACCACGUUUCACCACCAAGAGACCAAAUACUUUCUUUUAAAUACUGCGAAAACGUGCUCUCAACUCUGUGUUGGAAUAAAGGUCUUAUUUGAACCUUU